GAGAAGCUUCUCGAAAUAGUAGAAAACAUAUAAAGCAAAUUCGAACCAAGCAGAAGAGAGAAAGAAACAAAAACAAAAAUUCAGAGCAAACCCUAGGUCUCGUGAUUCUGAGUUACAGGUUGUGAUAUUGUGGGCAAAUGAGGGGUCGAAGCUACAGUUACAGUCCUUCACCACCAAGGCAUUAUGGCAGGAGGCAUUGCAGCCCUAGCCCUAGGGGUCGUUAUGGAGGUCGUGCUAGGGACAUGCCUACCAGUCUCCUGGUUCGGAACCUACGCCAUGACUGCAGGCCUGAAGAUCUACGUGGACCAUUUGGGCAGUUUGGUCGUCUGAAGGACAUUUACUUGCCACGGGACUAUUACACUGGGGAACCUCGUGGUUUUGGUUUUGUCCAGUAUCUAGAUCCUGCUGACGCUGCUGAUGCCAAAUAUCAUAUGGAUGGUUAUUUACUUCUUGGCAGAGAACUGACUGUUGUAUUUGCGGAGGAAAACAGGAAAAAGCCUUCAGAAAUGAGGGCAAGAGAACGUGUUAGGGGUCAAUCAUAUGAUCGUAGGCGGUCUCCUUUUGAAUACUCGCGAUCACCACGUUAUGUACGGAGUUAUUCUCGUAGUCCAGAUUAUUAUUCCCCUUCUCCUAGGCGCAGGCGAUAUUCAAGGUCGAUUUCACCCAGAGACAGAAAGUACAGAGGGCGAUCUUACUCGAGGUCACCUUAUGGGUCAAGGAGCAGGAGUGGAAGCAUUGAAUAUUCUAGAUGAGUUUGCUUUGAUGAUAUGAUAAUAAGUUGAACCAAGGGAUGAUGAAGCUAAUUUGUAGACAUUGUGCUUUAUGGAAACAUUACAUUUGCUAAUUUUAGACAUUGUAUUUUGUUGAGUCAACACAUGACAUAAUACGAUAUUAUAUGAUAUGUUAUUUCCACUUUAUCCAAAU